CAGACGCUGGAUAAUCAGAGAGAGAGAGAGACGGAGGGAGAUCUCAGCACUUUAGGAGAGUCUUUACGCAAAAAAGCAUUGAACAUCAGUGGGCUAUCAAGCGAGGACAACAGUGCACGACUUCCCCCGUUGAGUACUGCAUUUAUUGGACUCUGUUGGACUGUUUUUCUGGGAGUUCCGGACAACAACUCUCAUUCCUUCCUUUACUCUCUUGGAUGUAUAGCGGCUGAAAGGAACGCUGCACGGCUUGUGAAAAUGCUCGUCGGACGCAAAUCGUGCUGGAGGCAGUUGCAGGCUGCUUUUUUCAGACUGCUAUGCCUUAUUCCCACAGGAUUCCCCGUCCGGAGUGUGGAUAUGCAGCGGGCCACCGACAACAUCACUGUUCGCCAGGGCGACACGGCCAUUAUAAGGUGUUAUGUCGAUGACAAAUCCUCCAAGGUGGCCUGGCUCAAUCGAUCAAACAUCAUCUUUGCUGGCCAGGACAAGUGGUCUUUGGACCCCAGGGUCGAUCUGGUUACUAAAGGACAGCUUGAGUACAGCCUACGCAUACAAAAGGUGGAUGUGUAUGACGAAGGGUCGUAUACCUGUUCCAUACAGACAAAGCAGCAGCCUAAGCCCUCAUUGGUCUACCUCAUUGUACAAGUUCCAGCCAACAUCUACAAGAUGUCAGAAGACAUGACGGUGAAUGAGGGCAGCAAUGUCACACUCAGCUGCUUGGCCAGCGGCAGGCCGGACCCGCUAAUCACUUGGCGGCUUCUCAACCCCUCAGCAGAGCCGCUGGAAGGCGAGGAGUACCUGGACAUCAUCGGAAUCAUGCGAAACCAAGCAGGUCGUUAUGAAUGCAAGGCCAGCAAUGAUGUCGCCACGCCGGAUGUGAAAUAUGUCAACGUGAUCGUCAACUACCCUCCAACAAUAAAGAAAACUCAGAGCUCGGAGGCCCAGAUUGGCCGCAUGGGGACUCUGCUAUGUGAAGCCACGGCUGUGCCCACACCGGAAUUUGAAUGGUACCGGGAUGAAAAAAGACUGUCCAAUACCCAGGGCAUCACUAUUCAAGUUCUUGGCACUAGUACUAUUCUCAUGAUUCCAAGUGUCACUGAAGAAGAUUAUGGGAAAUAUACCUGUGUGGCCUCAAACCGACUGGGUGUCCAAAAUGCCAGUCUCUUCCUCUACAGACCUGGAACAGGCCGAGAUAUCAAUGGCUCUGCCUGCGUCUGUCAAUCACUGUGGCUGCUGCUGGCCUGCUUCGCCUGCCUUUUCUUCAAGUGUUAAUACCUCUCCUUUCCUCCUCCUCCUCCUCCUCCUCCUCCUCUUCCACCUCCUGCUCCUCCCAUUUGGCCUUUCAACCUUUCCUUCCUUGUUCUCUCCACCAACUCACCAACAUCCUUACUGCUACCUGAUCACCGACCUUCCAGCCCCCAGACUGUUUGCAUUAUUACAAAAACCUUAUGUGCUGGCGAGCACUGCUUAAAGAUAUUACGUGUGGGGUCGUGAGUAAAAACGUUAUAGAAGCAAGAAAAAAAACAGAUAUGAAGGACGGAACAAGCAAACAGUGCUCUUUUUUUUUAAAAUGUGUUGCUCUUUUUAAUAUGUAUGCACUUCUUUAUUUCUGCUAUAUCUUGUCUGUGAAGUGUGGGUGGGGUUUAGCAUUUGCUGUACUGUCGUCAUGGAAUUGAACACUGAGGUACCCCGCUUGGGUGGAUACCAACAAUCAUUUGUAAUGAACUGAAGAUUCCCAUAGUUAGAUUAGUUCACAUUCAACAGAAGAGUUUAUUUAGCGUUAAUGAGAUGCAAGAAUCUGCCAAAUAGCACACAAGGAGAAAGUCGGAGUCGGAUCAAAUUGUUUCCGAAUGCAGCGUCCAUGUGGUCAUAUGGAGAUCCGCUAGACUGGGAAUCGUUCAGAGUGGAAUCGGGUCUGAUUCUGAAUACUCUGCAACCGUUAUUGCACCAGGCCACUGUUAUUAUUACUGUGAAAAUGGAAGAAUAAAUGUUCAUUUGACGCAGUACAUUGAGCAAGUUUACAAAGACAAAGACAUGAUGGUAGCUUUAGUUUAACAGAGAGAGACGGUAUCACCAAAAAUCUAUGAAAUGCAUUAAAUAAAGAUUAUAAGUUCAUUUGUAAUGUAUUGACCAGUGAUUCAUAAAUGGCCACGAUGCAACAGGAGACAAAAAGUGAGCAAAAAAUAUGAAAAGCAAAUGAUCCCUUUUGCUGCAUCUUCUUAUUUUUUGGAACAACAAGCUACAUUCACAGCCACUCCUCUUAUAAUGUUUAUGAGCAAUGGCCCACAGGUAGCGCUAAAUCGAUUUGACACAAACAAAUGAACAUACAGCCGUCCCUCGUUUAUCGCUGUUAAUUAGUCCCAGCCCUGACUGACUCCUGAAUGCAUUAAAAUAAAGGUUAUAAGUUCAUAUGUAAUGUAUUGACCAGUGAUUCAUAAAUGGCCAUGAUGCAACAGGAGACAAAAAGUGAGCAAAAAAUAUGAAAAGCAAAGCUGCAUACUCUCUUUUUUGGCAACACUGAUCCCUUUUGCUGCAUCUUCUUAUUUUUUGGAACAACAAGCUACAUUCACAGCCACUCCUCUUAUAAUGUUUAUGAGCAAUGGCCCACAGGUAGCGCCAAAUCGAUUUGACACAAACAAAUUAUUGUACAGCCGUCCCUCGUUUAUCGCUGUUAAUUAGUCCCAGCCCUGACUGACUCCUGAAUGCAUUAAAUAAAGGUUAUAAGUUCAUAUGUAAUGUAUUGACUAGUGAUUCAUAAAUGGCCAUGAUGCAACAGGAGACAAAAAGUGAGCAAAAAAUAAGAAAAGCAAAGCUGCAUACUCUCUUUUUUGGCAACACUGAUCCCUUUUGCUGCAUCUUCUUAUUUUUCAGAACAACAAGCUACAUUCACAGCCACUCUUAUAAUGUUUAUGAGCAAUGGCCCACAGGUAACGCCAAAUCGAUUUGACACAAACAAAUGAACGUACAGCCGUCCCUCGUUUAUCGCUGUUAAUUAGUCCCAGCUCUGACUGCUAUAAGUGAAUUUCCGCAAAGUAGGAUUCGAUAAUAAAUUGAAUAUUUUUGUAUUUAGAGCAUAGAAGACCUGUUGAUGACUUUCUAAAUACCGUAUUUUCCGGACUAUAAGUCACACUUUUUUUCAUAGGUUGGCUGUUCCUGCCACUUAUACUCCAGAGCGACUUAUAAAUGAAAAAACUGUUUAUAUUACAUAAACAGUGGACACCUUUUCUGUUCAUGUUUAUUUUUUGUGUAGCUGAAUAAGCAUUGUGUUAGCAUAUCUUACACCUAUUCAGCCUGUUCUCUAUUCUUUUAUUGUUUGAACUCGCCUUCCAAGAUGACGUAAUGUCUGUUUUGGUCACAUAAUUUGGAAAAUAAUUUUUUUUUUAAAUGCCACUUAUACUCCAGUGUGACUUAUGUAUGUUUUUUUCUACCUAAUUAUGCAUUUUUGGCCUUGUGCAACUUAUACUCCGGAACGACUUAUAGUCCAGAAAAUACAGGAUUUUUACCAUUAUUAGAGCCCUGCAGACAUGAAAUAGUACCCCUAUAGUCACCUUUAAACUUCUAUAAUUCCUUGUUUGCACCACAUUGUGCCAUUACUGACACUUACUUAUAACUUGUAUUUCAAUAUUUUGAACAAAACAAACAAAAAACGCGAACUGUGAAACGCUGAUUGAGUGAUCGCCGAUCAAAACAUGACUUGCUGGAGGAACAGAGGUCAGAUGUUUCUCAUACUCAGUCACUAAGGUUCCACACAUCUCAGUAGGCAUUUUAGUCCGUCCAAGAUUCUAUGGUACACGACCCCUGAAUGCAGUAAGAUCUUCAGAGAAGCAGCCCCAAAGCAGAACGUUUAGUUUAGUUGGGGGUCAACAUUUCUCCGCCUUCAGACAGUUGAUUGAGUCAAAGAGCUCAAUUUCGGUCUCAUGUGACCGCAGCACAUCUCCCAAGCUUUGUCGGGAUAGUAAACUUCAGACAAGCCUGUUCAUGCGUCUUCUUCGGUCUUGAGCUCCCAACUCCCUUGAGAUCAAUUACUAGUUCCUCGUGUAUACUUCUCACAUUUAUCAGCAUCAUCUUUACUCCACGAGCUGAGGUCCUGCAUGGAGUUCCAUGGAGUUAUCGUGUAUUUCUUGGAUUUUGGAACUAUUGCUGCAAAAGUGGUGUCUUUGUCACCAAGAUUCUUGCUGAAGAGAGAGACCGGGCUAUCUGGAUUUUUGGAAUUUUUUUGUUGAUAUCCUGUUUGUCUCUGUUACAAUAAACCUACAAUACAAAUCUUGUCAUGUCUUUGUAACAGGGGGAACUCCAUUUCCCUCAAUGUAUGUGCAGAUGAAAAUGUAGUAUAUACAAGAAUAUACUUAAAGUGACAUUGCCCUCUACUGGCUUGGGAUGCAUAUGCAUUUGUGUUUGCAGGUCUGUCUGGAGUGGGGUCUGUUUUCACACGGUUUAUGGAACCGGUCAAAAACAUGAAGGAAAAUAUUCCAGUUUUGACUUAAUAAUUUUGAUAAGACACGCUCUCUGAACCUGCAGAGAUCAAUACUAGUAUCUACUCUGAUAUCACACACAUCAUGUCAGUACAGGAACCUUAGAAAUCCAAUACCUGCUAUCUUACUUGUCUGUCACAGUCAUACUUUUGAAUUAGUACCUUCUGUUUUGCUUUAACACACACCAGCAGCAAAGCAAGAAGGUACGCUAUAGUUAUGGGGCCAAAUGACUUAAUACAUGAAUAAACAUUAUUAGGUAAUUAAGUAUUGAUAUCUAAAAGUCAUGUGAUGUCCAGUCAUCACUAGUAUGAAUGUUUUGUGAGUGCAAGGUUUUCUUUGCCACUAGUAACGAGUGGCUAGCACGCAGGCCACACAGCUAAGAGACCCGAGUUUGAUUCCACCCUUGGCCAUCUCUGUGUGGAGUUUGCAUGCGUGGGUUUUCUCCGGGUACUCCCACAUUCCAAAAACAUGCUAGGUUAAUUAGCCACUGCAAAUUGUCCAUAGGUAUGAAUGUGAGUGUGAAUGGUUGUUUGUCUAUAUGUGCCCUGGGAUUGGCUGGCCACCAGUCCAGGGUGUACCCCGCCUCCGCUUGAAGACAGCUGGGAUAGGCUCCAGCAUGCCCGGGGACCCUCGUGAGGAUAAGCGGUAGAAAAUGAAUGAAUGAAUGAGUUCUCCUCCUAUUUUGUGUGGAAGUGGUAACUUUUUGGCUUCUUAUUUUGUCUUUUCCCACCCUCGGCCAUCUCUGUGUGGAGUUUGCAUGUUCUCCCCGUGCAUGCGUGGGUUUUCUCCGGGUACUGCGGUUUCCUCCCACAUUCCAAAAACAUGCUAGGUUAAUUAGCGACUCCAAAUUGUCCAUAGGUAUGAAUGUGAGUGUGAAUGGUUGUUUGUCUAUAUGUGCCCUGUGAUUGGCUGGCCACCAGUCCAGGGUGUAUCCCGCCUCCGCUUGAAGACAGCUGGGAUAGGCUCCAGCAUGCCCGCGACCCUCGUGAGGAUAAGCGGUAGAAAAUGAAUGAAUGAUUUGCACCUCAAAUUUUGACUUCCUUGUCAGGUUUUUAGUCAGCAGGUACCUUGAACGUACCCAUUAUGUUGUGUUCAUGAAAAUCAGUGUGCUUAUACCCACUUAUACCCACUCCAAAUACAGACAUGCAACUACAAAAUGCAAUAAUUUGCGAUAAGGGAUGAUCUGUUUUGUUUGCUUUAUCCAUAAAAAUGUGUACUUUCUUCCAAUCAUUGAAUCCUACCAAUUUAUUAUGAGGAUGAAAAACACAGUAUGUCACAUCAUGUACACAGUCACAUUUUGUAUUGCGACUGUUUCCGUAACAGGAAGUAAUGUGGAACUAUUUGAUGAGUUUUGGCCUCUGCUUCCCGGCAGCUUGAACCUUCACAUUUAACUCAAGACUUUCUCUAAUGUGGAUCACAGUUUGCAUAACAAAGAUAGGUGACUGACAGUUAUCUUUCCUAAGAAAUGAUAUAGAACAUCUAUGAUAUUAUUAGUGAUAUUUUGGUGUCUCAUUCAUUUUAAUUCUAUAU